CAUGGGGCUGCCACGCAGGGCGGGGGACGCGGCGGAGCUGCGCAAGAGCCUGAAGCCGCUGCUGGAGAAGCGCCGGCGCGCGCGCAUCAACGAGAGCCUGAGCCAGCUGAAGGGGCUCAUCCUGCCGCUGCUGGGCAGGGAGAGCUCCCGCUACUCGAAGCUGGAGAAGGCGGACAUCCUGGAAAUGACCGUGCGCUUCCUGCAGGAGCUACCUGUGUCCUCCUGCCCCGCAGCACCGCCGACGCUCUCCGACAGCUACCGCGAGGGCUACCGCGCCUGCCUGGCGCGCCUGGCCCGCGUGCUGCCCGCCUGCCGCGUCCUGGAACCCGCCGUGAGCUCGCGCCUGCUGGAGCACCUGCGGCGGAGAGCGGCCGGCGCCACCCCCGACGGCGGGCACGCUGGGGACUCCGGUGGCCCGCCCUCACCGGCCCGGCCACCCGCGCCCGCGCCCUCGCCGCCUGCUUCUCCCCGUGGCCCUGGCCUCUGGCGGCCGUGGUAGCCCCUGGCGGGGCCACGGACCCUGCUGACUGGGAGGGAUCCGGAGCACUGGGCAGGCUGAGGAAGCUCUUGGCUGCGACUGCCCUUGCCUCCAGGAGGGAUCAGCCCAGCACCCACACCCAGGCCAGAACCCCAAUGUUUGUGACUGGCGUAGCAGAGUGAAGGCCACUGGGCUCAGCUCCACAAAAUAAGGGGAGUGUCCCUGCCUCACUUCCAACUUGGGGAUGUCUGAGCCAGAGAAGGGGCAAGUGGCUGCAGGGCGGGGAAGGAGCCCUGCACUCCAGUUGGUGGAGGUGGCUCUGGAACUGUGCCAGCCACAAGCUGCCUGGGCAGCCCACACACCUGCCCCAGUGCCGGCACCAGACCAAGGCCUCGGCCAGGAGCUCACCUGCGCCACAUGCAGCCAUCUGCUCUGACUGGCACUGCCCUCCAAGCCCUGCUUGGGCCUUCCUCCUGCCCAGCUUGGGAACCUCUGGAUACACAGCAGCAAUGGCCUGAGGGGCUUUGGUUACUUCCUAGGCUCUGCAUGGCACAAAGCCGAGCAAAGGGACAUGCAGGGCUGCGGAGAUGUAGCCUCCACUCCUAGGAUGUCCUACCCAAAGCCUCUAAUUAUUGGGGCUGGGUGCCGCUGGGAGUGGGGGCUUCAUCACGUGGUCUUUACAUCACCUGUAUACCACACACUAGGCUGGGUGGUCUUGGGGAGGAGUGGAUGGGACAAGAAUGAGGCAGCCCUGUGGCCUCAAGGAAGCCUGUGGUUUUGGAGGUUCUGAGCCCGGCACAGAGACAGUGCCAAUGCAAAGCAAGUGAGGCCCAUGCCACAGAACAGCAGAAAUUCAAGGGAUGGCAGCAGGUUGAAGAACAUGGAACCCCCUUCCUCGGUGUCUCCUGCAGACUACUCCCUGCUGCUCAUGGGGACUGGUUACUGGAAGCAAUUUGUCUUUUUUCUCCAUGGAAGCUGGGAGGGCCUGUGGAGGCUCAAAGAGGGGCCUGCAGAUCGCAGUAGAGGGUGCCCGAGAAGGCGGAGCUCUUGUGGCCCAUUGUCAGCAAAUUCCCGUCAUUUCAUGGGGAUUCCUGAGCAUUUGCUGGGAGUUCUCCCCCAGUCCCCAGACCAACAGCUUGUGGUAGGGACUAGGGCAUUAGGAGCAAGAAGACAGAGCUGAUGGGGAAGGGGACAGUCACUAAAUCAGACUAUGCCACACAAACCCGUGAUGACCUAGGCACUGGUUUGGGCGGCAGGAUGUGGGGAAGCUGUGGGCGUUAUUGAAAAAGUCAAUGUUAAGACAACAGGGUGAGCCCCUCCCCCACAAGGCUGUGCUGUCUUCCCACCCCUCUGGGCACAGCUGGCUAGACUGUGAGCUCCUGGAGGGCAGGGACGGGGCUGAAUGUGCCUCUAUGUCCCCGAGGCACUGGGCGCGCAGUGCAUGCUCAAUAAACAGGUGGACCAAUG